UUGACCAGAAUUGAACCAUGACCUCCUGGUUCAUAGGUUGAUGCUCAGUAACUGAGCCACACCUGCUGGGCGAUCCUGGAGAUUUUGCUAAGCCCAUCCCCCUCACUGCCUUGUGGCUAGUGUGCAUGUGCAGUUGCUGGGCCAGAGGCUGGAGACCAGCUGGACAAGUCCAAUCACCUCUGUUCCAUUUCCUGUUGAGGCCUGUCUCCCAGUUCCAGCCCGAGCCCCCUCCAACCCCUGGACUCUCUCACUGACCAAUUCCCCACUCCCAUAAUGGGACACUUCCCAAUAGCAGGAGAUUCAGGCAGCCAGGCAAGGGAGGGGGACUGGGUGAGGAUUAUCUCUGAAAACAAAUGCUCAGGCUGGAGGGGGCAGGGAGAAAAUCUGCUCCAUCAUCUCUCACCGCUUCUUCUGGGGAGGUCAUCUUGUCAUCCUCCUGCCUCUAGAACCCCUUUUCAACAUCCCCAAGCAGAGCUGCACACCAUCAUGGAGACCCCUCUUGAGAAGGCCCUGACCACUAUGGUCACCACUUUCCACAAAUAUUCAGGGAGAGAGGGCAGCAAGCUGACCCUGAGUAGGAGAGAACUAAAGGAGCUGAUCAAGAAGGAGCUGUGUCUUGGUGAGAUGCAGGAGAGCAGCAUCGAUGACCUGAUGAAGAGCCUGGACAAAAACAGCGACCAGGAGAUCGACUUCAAGGAGUACGCGGUGUUCCUGACCACGCUGUGCAUGGCCUACAACGACUUCUUCCUGGAGGACCGCAAAUAGCGGCUCAGCCCCUGCCCCGGCCCCCCGCAGCUCCCCGCGCAGGCGCUCUGUCCCCUGUGCCCCUCUCCCUCCCGGGCCCCCGCCUCAGCCUUCCUGUCCAGCGGAGGAAAUAAAGAUUUUCCGUUCCAGGUGCCCGCAGGCUGGUGUGGAACGUUUUGUGCCCCGUGGCCGGGGCUGGGGUGGGCCAGCAGAGCUUCUCCCU